AUGUUUCAUUCAUGUUCUAUUGGAUUGAGCGAAGUAAGGAAUUCCGAAGAAUGUACUCAACUUAUUUGGGCAUGUGUUAAAGGAGACCUUAAGUUAACAAAAUCUCUUAUCGAAGGAGGUUGUAAUCGAAAUACAACUGAUAAAUAUGGCAAUAAUUGCUUACUCGAUGCUUCAGCAAAAGGUCAACUUGAAGUUGUCAAAUAUUUAAUUGAUAAUGGAUUUGACAAGGAUUGGAGAAAGAAAACUAAUGGAUUUAAUGCAAUUCUUAUGGCAUCACAAUUUGGUAAACUUGAAACAGUUAAAUAUUUGCAAAGUAUUGGUUGUGAUGUAAACUCAAAAACAAAUAUUCAUGUAAAUUGUAUUUACAUUGCGUCAUUAAAUGGUCAUCUUGAAACAGUUAAAUAUCUUGUUUCAGUUGGAGGAAAUCCAAAAGAAAAGAAUAAGAAUGGAUUUUCUCCAUUAAUAGUUGCAUCACAAGAAGGUCAUCUUGAAAUUGUUAAAUAUUUCAUUCAAAUUGGAUGUGAUAAAAACGAUAAAACAAAUUAUAAUGAUACUUCACUUCAUUGGGCAACAAUUAAAGGUCAAUUUGAAGUUGUUCAAUAUUUGGUUUCAAUUGGUGUGAAUCUAAAUCAUCAAAACAAUUUUGGAAAAACUGCUCUUAGUUAUGCUAUUGAAAAACAAAACGAAAAUGAUAACUAUAAGAAGAUUUUAGAUCUUCUUACAAGAUCUGGUGCAAUCUAA